AUGGCUGAUCCGAUUUCACUGGUGGCUGCGGGUGUAGGAAUCGGUGAUGUCGCAUUUCGGCUCAUCGACUAUCUUAAAGACAUCAAAGCAGCCGCCAAGACUAUGGAUGAAGACAUUGAAGGAUUGAUCAACGAGGUCGAAGGUCUUCAAAAGGUUCAUGGUCACCUUGAGAAGGAAUAUCUCAAGAAUAUGACGAAUGCCGAAAUGGGAGACGAAGAGAGGAGCCUUUGGACAAGCACAGGACAAACUCUCAAGAACGGGCAGAAGCUUACAAAGAAGCUUGAAGAAUCGGUACAAUCUAUCUACGGCAAUCAUAAGCUAGUCACUGGAAGGUUGGAUGGUUGGGACAAAGCGCGUAAAAAGAGAAGCAAAGACAGCAUGAUUUCUGGACUUCGAGACCAAAUCAACACAUAUCAGGGAGCCUUGCAAAUGUUGCUUGGGUUCAUUUCCAUGCAGUCCACUCGUGAAAGUCGCAAGGAUCAGAACGCCCAGCUCGACAAACUGGUAGCCGAUUUCCAAGAACUGAAGAGUCGAAUGGAACAAGCGCAGCACACAUCGUUACCCUUAUAUGAAACCGUGACUACUACAACGGCCUAUCGCGAUUUCAACAUGGAAUCCGUGUCAGUCGUGAACCAGCUCGGUAUUGCAAUCGAUAAUAUUGCGCACAAUUCAGCCUCCGACGCCUCGGUGACCAACGAACAUUUUGAUAUUCCGAAGCCUGUCGACCCAUUUUAUACUGGUCGUGAAGACUACGCAAAACGCUUGCGCAGCUGGAUGUUACCGAGUCAUUCUCGGAAGCAACGCGGUACAUCGGCUGUCAAGGCAGAACAAAAACGUUUCAUUGUGUAUGGGCUUGGAGGUGCGGGGAAGACGCAGUUCUGCUCCAAGUUUGCUGAAGACAAUCGCCAAUACUUCUGGGGAGUCUUUUGGGUAGAUGGUAGCAGCCGGUCGCGGUUGAAACAGACCUUCUCUCAGAAUGUGUCAAAAAUUGGAAAAGUCGAUCUCAACGAAAACGCUGCACUACAUUGGCUAUCAAACCUAAGUCUUCCUUGGCUUCUUAUCAUCGACAAUGCUGAUGACCCUGACCUCAAGCUUGCGGACUAUUUUCCACGAGGCAAUCGAGGUCACGUUCUCGUCACAACCCGCGACCCUGGGAAGAAGAUGUAUGGUACUGCUGGUGAUCGAUUUUUUGAAUUCCAAGGACUGAGUACCAGCGAUGCAAGCAGUCUACUGCUGAAAGCAGCCGGUCAGUCGGAACCAUGGGACACGGUCGUGUCCAGCAUUGCUUUAAAGAUCGCGAAAGCCCUUGGCUAUCUUGCAUUGGCAAUCACGCACGCGGGUAGAGCCAUCCGCGAGGAGUAUUGUAAGUUGAGCGAGUAUCUACAAUACUAUGAGCGCCAAUGGGAAGCGACGAGACAAGCCAGACUUCCAGUGAGAGACAAGGAUGCGGCCGACGAGUUGAGCGUCUUCUCAACUUUCGAGUUGAACCGAGAAGCUAUCGAGGACCGAGCGACACGAGCAUCUCGAGACGCCCUUCAGUUGCUUGACACAUUUGCAUUUCUUCACAACCAAGACAUUAGAUAUGACUUUUUGCAACGAUCUAUCGAGAAUGCCAAGGUUGAACAUAGGAAGGAAGUCGAGGAUAGAAUGAAUGAACGUCGAUCCAAGGCAGCCAAGCCCACAUUUGCUAAACCGUUACAGGUCAUCCGAGAUGGUCGUGAUGAGAAGGCGAUGAAUGAAGAUAGACUACGUCUAGCUUUACGGCAGUUGGUUCAAUUCUCACUCAUAAUAAAAGGUCACAACUCCGAAAGCUACUCUAUGCACCCCCUUGUACACAAAUGGGCGCGUGAGCGGCCUGGCAUGAGUAUUGCAGCGCAAGGAGUUUGGGCCGAAGCAGCUGCAAUGCUACUAUCACACUGCAUUCUGAUCCCACCGCUUGGCAAUACAGAAGAGGAGGAAGAAGUCCGAAAACAUAUCCUCCCCCAUGUCGAUCACGUACGCCAAUGUCAGCAAUCUAUAGAGCAACGCAUGAGGGACAAGCGCAUGGCACGGAUGAAACCAUGGCCGGUAUUCGAUGGCGGCUUUGAUAGGGGAAAAGCUAUAACAUAUGCUAAGUUCAGUCUGGUUUACAUGCAGAAUGGACGGUGGGAGGAGGCCAAACGACUCCAAACUGCAGUGAAAGAUUUCACGAGCCAAAUCCUAGGCAUGAAGCACCCUGUUACUCGUCGCGCCACCAGGCUACUGGCCAUGACCUUGUUUAACCUUGGCCAAAGUGAGGAUUCAGCUAAGCUGGAAAAAGAAGUCUUGGACGCUUGUGUGCUUUUCUUGGGCGUCGAUCACCAGGAGACACUGGUAGCGAAAUUCACUCUUGGAAAGGCGCUCUUCUUACAAGGCAAAUUUAGCCAGGCCAAAAUUCUCCAAGAAGAGGCGGUCGAGGGGCUCACUAGGCUGAUCGGUCUGGACCACGAAGAUACUCUCGAUGCAAUUGACUGGCUUGGCCAGACUUUACUCAUGUUCUACACCAAAGAACAUGUGACUCGUGCCCGUCAACUGUUUGUCACCGCAUCAGAAGGCAUGGAGAUGUUGCAUGGAGAUGAACAUACACGUACACUUGAAGCGCGGGAGCACCUUUGCAGUUCUGCCAUUCGGACGGGGGAGAAAAGCCAUUUGGAUGAAGCGCAUGCAAUGAUGAUAAAAAUUCUGGAGAUCCGAAAAGAAAAACUGGGCAAGGAGCAUGCUUACACACUACUUGCGAUGGUAAACCUCGCUCUCGUAAAAUGCGCGAUGGGCAUGCUACACGAGGCAGAAGUACUCCUCCUGUAUGGCUUACCUAUCGCUGCACGCAAUCUAGGCGAAGGUCACAUCGCCUAUCUCUGGGGCCGUUAUCACCUGGGCCGAGUGUGGGUGCUUCAGGAAAGAUGGGAGGAGGCGGUAGCCUACCUACUUGAUGUCACAGAGAGACAGCGCUACACGUUACAAGGAAGAGGCGAGUUUCAUCCUGAUAGAAUUGGCGGCCUGAUUGAGCUAUCAACAGCAUACAACGCGCUGGGAAAAGUUGAAGAAUGCGAGAGGGUGACUGAGGAGGCUUUGGCUGCGUUGGCAAAGAUAUCGACAACUGAACACCCAGAAGCAAAGAAGCUAAAGGAAAACAGAGAUAUCUGGAGGCAGCGGAGAGCACAAAGUGUGGAGUGUCUGCCGCGCGCAGAUUCAGCACACAUCACCGAGGAGCGUGCCGGAACAAUUUCUGGAUCGAUAUAG